AUGGAGGAUUCACUUCAAGGUGUACUUCGUGAUUUCUACAAUAAACUUAAUAAAACAGAGAAAUUACUCUUAUACACAUGCAUAACUGACUUGGCGGGUUACACGUUUUUACUAAUGUCAUUUUUAAUUUUGUCGGGAAAAUUUUUAAUAAAUUUUGUGGUCAUUUUAUUAAUUUUUUUCCCAAUAAUUUCUGGCAUUACGAUGUUUUAUAGCAAAACUAUAUUGCAUGGGAUUGCGUUUAUUUGCGUUCAUUCAUUUCCAAUAAUUAUGGGGGUGUCUAUCUUUUAUACACAAGAUAACGUCUGUUCUGAUAUACCUAAAGAUUGCAUUUUUCCAAAAGGUUCAAUAUAUUAUAUAUCCGCUGUCCUUUUGCUUUCCUUUUUAUUAAUUGUCACGGCUUUUUAUUGUCUGAUCUUGUAUCAUCUCUGGGCAAGAAAAUUAUGGCCCUUGAGACAUGAAUAUCCGUACACAAAAAGAGAAGAUAUUAUAGUAAGAUAUGAACCAACUCCAGAUGAAUUCAAAGUUGAAAAUACAUUAAAAAAAAGAGAAUCGACCUCUGCUGAUUUUGAUUUAUGA